AGUCCUUCAUGAAAGCUCUCUGUCCCUGGUUAUCUUUCUCUCUCUUCGUUUUCUCUCUCUUCUAGCCAGGGUGGUUUCAGAACACCUUCAAUAUAUCGCCCGCCAUAAAUCAUGUUGGUGUACCAGGAUCUGCUCACAGGAGAUGAGCUUCUGUCUGACUCUUUUCCAUACAAGGAAAUGGAGAAUGGGAUGCUCUGGGAAGUUGACGGAAAGUGGGUUGUUCAAGGAGCAAUUGAUGUUGACAUUGGUGCAAACCCAUCUGCUGAGGGCGCCGAUGAAGGUGAAGGUGUUGAUGACCAGGCUGUGAAAGUAGUUGAUAUUGUUGACACAUUUAGGCUUCAGGAGCAACCUCCUUUUGACAAGAAAAUGUUUGUCAGUUACAUCAAGAAGUACAUUAAGUUGCUCACCCCCAAGUUGGAUACGGAGCAACAAGAAAUUUUUAAGAAGCAUAUUGAGGGGGCAACUAAAUAUUUACUGGGAAAAUUGAAGGACCUUCAAUUUUUCGUUGGAGAGAGCAUGCACGAUGAUUCUAGCCUUGUAUUUGCAUACUAUAAGGAAGGUGCAACUGAUCCUACAUUCUUGUAUUUUGCUUACGGAUUGAAGGAGGUCAAGUGUUAAUGAUGAGGGGAGAUAAUUUAUAUUUUUCUUCCUUUUUUUUUAAAGGUUUUUUUAGAGAGGUAGCAGUUUGGUUUUCGAUUCCUUUGUGAUGUUUAUGGGUUUGGUUUUUGAUUCCUUUGUGAUGUUUAUGAGUUUGAUAUUUAUCUGAGACGAAUAAGACGGGACACCUUAUGCUUUGUCUAUGUAGUUAUGCUUGUCUAUGUAGUUUAUGAGUUUAUGAGUUUAUGCGUGUUUUUCUAUGUAGUUUAUGAGUUUAUGCGUCUAUGUUUUUCUUUCCUGUCACAAAUUUGGGAUAAUUUGGGAUUCAUUAUAUUGUGUUUUAGUGA